ACCUUCACCUUGUGCUCAGGCUCCCUUCCUAAGCACACUUCAGCCCGGCGCGAACGUCUGCAAGGUGGUACGCGUCCGAAUCCAAACCUAACACAGAUAGCAGCGCCGAGCAUGUGCUACAACGAGCUGGGCGACUGCGGGGAUGACAGUCGUGUGGCCUGGACGCGGCGGAUCUUGACGCACGCCGUGGUGUCUCCGGAGAAUAAGACCGAGAGCGAAGGAGACAACACAGGUCUCACCCUAGAGCGUGGUACGCAGGUGAGGAGACGUUGAUACUGGCCCGAGCAGGACGGCUGGACGCGCGAGGGAAGCGUGGGCGCAGUAGUGAAGCAGGCGAGCGAUUAAUGAGCAGCGAUCGGCCCCCAUCCGGGCAGCGCACGUGAUCAAUGUCCUAUGUCAUAAGGGAGGGGGCGUUCAAACCAUUCAUGCGCACUGCACUCACUCUCAGCACAUCCUCCCAUCUCGCUUGCCAUAUCACUCUACCCCCCGACCCUCAUACCCAUGUUCAAAACCACCACAGUUUCACGCUCGACCAUGACGCGCUCGUUAAGAUUACCCAGCAAUUCCUCGAUGACAUCCGACUCGGGCUGGGAGAGUACAAUCAUCCAAUGGCUAUGAUCCCCACAUUUGUGACCGGCGUACCAGACGGUUCCGAGACUGGCACAUUUCUCGCUCUUGACCUAGGCGGUACCAAUCUGCGGGUUUGUGAAGUCACGUUGCUCGGAAAUCACCAAUUCCGUAUCCGACAACAGAAGUACAGGGUGUCAGAAGCUCUAAAGACUGGCGAAGCAAGCGCACUAUUUGACUACCUCGCCGACUCCGUCGACGCCUUCCUCACCGAGUUCUCCAGUGCCGUCUCUUCUCCCACCACGGCCGACAUUACAAAUCCUUUCGAGCCUUCCACUCCACUUUCCGUUCCACUAGGCUUGACAUUUAGUUUUCCUGUGGAACAGACGGCGAUAAAUGAAGGGAAGAUUCUGACGUGGACGAAAGGCUUCUCGGCAAAAAACGCAGUUGGUAAAGACGUUGUGCGCCUGCUCCAGGAUGCGUUCGACAGGAAGCACCUGCAUGUGCGCUGCGUUGCGCUUGUGAAUGACACAGUAGGGACCCUUCUGUCGCGUGCGUACGCUGCUGGGUCAUGCUUACUCGGCGCAAUUUUUGGCACUGGAACCAACGGUGCAUAUGUCGAGAAUGUCGAAAACAUCACCAAGCUUGGUAACUCUCCAGCACGCCAAAAGGGUGGGCUUAUGAUCAUCAAUGCGGAAUGGGGCGCGUUCAACAACACUCGUUCAAGACUCCCCACGACUUCCUAUGAUAACAAACUUGAUCGAGAGUCGAUAAACCCGCGCAAACAGGCCUUCGAAAAGUUCAUUUCGGGAAUGUACCUCGGCGAGAUCACUCGGAAUAUCCUGCUUUCCUUUAUCGAUGCCGCGCCGAAGCCACUUCUUUUCAAUGGGAAUUCGAGCGAGCCGCUAAACACACACUAUGGACUCGACACGGCGGUAAUGAGCGAGGUUGAGAGCGCGUGGGAGCUGGGCCGCACCGACGCCGCCAAGGUGAACGGCGCCAACGGACACGUACCGAAUUGGCAAAGCGUCCACUUCACGGACGUAAAGGCACUAGGCAAGGACGACAUUGCGCGGCUAGAGCGUAUCCGGGAGAUCCUGAUCCAGAGGCUGCUGCUCGUCCCGGAGAACGUGUCCUUGCGCGAUGCGGCGAUUGUGCGGUGGACGGUGUCCCUUGUGGCGAACCGGGCGGCGAGGCUCAGCGGGACCGCUGUCGCUGCGGUUCUCGUGCAAACGGGCAAUGCGAAGCUCGGAGGGGGAGCGCCGGCACCGAAGGAGAAUCUCAUCAUUGGUGUCGAUGGCAGUUUGAUUCAGCACUAUCCGAACUUUGAGGCUCGGCUGCGCUCUUCUCUCCGGUCCUUGGUGGGAGAGGCGGUGGAGAAGUGCGUCGAGAUCGACUUGGCAAAAGACGGAAGUGGUGCAGGAGCCGCGCUUUGUGCUCUGCAAGCCAUUAAACAGGGUUUAUAACCAACUUUCCUCUAGCCAGCAUCACAAGGAUCAUUCCAAUACAUACAUCUAGUUUCCACCAGCAUUGUUGAAUACGCUAUUCCUCAGAUUAUCGACUUAGAGGAACAUCCAGGGCAGUUGCCUUAUUUCCCGCUGUUGUUUUAGCUGUCUGUCCUAGCCGACCGCUUGCAGUAGUACAGUAUACCGGGUCUAUAGACGCGUUACAGGUAGACCGGACGGACAUAUGAUCACGUUCAAGUGUAUGUACAUUACUUUCUUCUGUUCGUAAUAGCGUGAAUUGUUUCUUUGGCAAUCACAUUUGUAGUCAAUGGAUUAAGUCGGAAGCGG